GUUUAAUUCAAAAUGUCAAUCGAUUGCAAUUUAUCACCUACCAUUGAACCAAUUCGUCAAUUAUUUACAAAUAAAUUAUUACAGAAACCAAUAAAAUAUAAAAAUAUUCAAAUAGAAGCCUAUGAAGCAUGUAUGAAAAGUAUACAAAAUAUUCAAGAUCAAUAUAAUAUUGAUUUAAAUCAAUUAAAUACAUUAAAUUCAAUCAUAAUUAAUGAUAAAUCCUAUUGGAAAUGGGAAAUAAUUAAUUCAACUAUUGAAUAUAUACCAUCAUUUUAUUAUCAUCAAAAUUAUGAUCGAUCUAAUAAAAUGAUAAAUAAUCAUCAUCAUAAUAAUAAUCAAUUCAAUAAUCAAUAUUCUAUAAAUAAACAUUCAAUGAUAAUUCCAUCAACUCCAUGCAAAAAAUUAAAUCAAAUUGAUCAAUCUCAUCAUACAAUCGAUAAUAAUGGAAUAUAUAUUAAAGAUCAAUUCACUUGUAAACAAUCUAUUCCAUUGAAUAAUGAAAUGAAACAGAUAACAUUACAUAAUAAUCAAUCAUGUAAUUUAUUUACACUAUGGCAACCAAAAAUCAAACGUGAAAAUUACAUUCAUUUAAACAAGAAUCAAUUAACAAAUAAAUUAAAAAAUCAAUCAUCUUUCAUAAAUUAUCGAUCUAAAAGUUUAGAUCAUGAUUUAAAUCAUUUAAUACAAUUAAAUCAAUUAAAUCAAUAUCAUAAAACUAAAAUAAAAAAUCAAUUUUCUUCAUGUAUUGAUCUUUAUCAAAUGAAUAAUAAACAAAUAAAAAAUCAAUAUGAAACCAUUGAUUCCCUAUCAAAAGAAAUUAAUAGAAAAUCAAAAAAUGAACAUAUGAUUAAAAAAUCUAAGCAAAAAAUAAUCAAUAAUCAUUUAUUGAUUACAUGA